UCUAGAACCUUCUAUUUACAACAACAAAUCUCAGCCGUCCGUUUACCUUCUUUGCCUAUAAAACCACAGAUCCCACCCUUCACCCUUCUCCUCCUCAUUCUCCUCCUUCUCAAACACCUAAAGACCUAAUCUUCUAGACGAAGAUUCCUAUCUGUUGAAAGAUGUUUGGGAGAGCACCGAAGAAGAGUGAUAACACUAAGUACUAUGAGAUCUUGGGAGUGCCUAAUACUGCUUCACCAGAUGAUUUGAAGAAAGCUUAUCGUAAAGCUGCUAUUAAGAAUCAUCCUGAUAAGGGUGGCGAUCCUGAAAAAUUCAAGGAGAUUGCCCAAGCCUAUGAGGUCUUGAAUGACCCUGAGAAACGUGAGAUCUAUGAUCAAUAUGGUGAAGAUGCUCUCAAGGAAGGAAUGGGUGGUGGAGGUGGUGGACACGACCCGUUUGACAUAUUCCAGUCAUUCUUUGGUGGAGGCGGGUUUGGUGGUGGUGGAAGCAGCAGAGGAAGAAGGCAAAGGAGAGGGGAGGAUGUUGUCCACCCUCUCAAGGUUUCUUUGGAGGAUCUUUACAAUGGAAUAUCAAAGAAGCUAUCACUAUCUCGCAAUGUGUUGUGCUCAAAGUGCAAGGGGGUAGGGUCUAAAUCAGGUGCUUCAUUGAAAUGUCCUGGAUGUCAAGGGAAAGGAAUGAAAGUUUCAAUCAGACAACUGGGCCCCAUGAUCCAGCAGAUGCAGCACCCAUGUAAUGAGUGUAGGGGUACUGGUGAGAAAAUAAACGAUAAAGACAGGUGUCCACAGUGCAAGGGCGAGAAAGUUGUGCAGGAGAAGAAGGUGUUGGAAGUUGUUGUGGAUAAGGGUAUGCAAAAUGGACAAAAGAUAACAUUUCCAGGAGAGGCUGAUGAAGAGCCUGAUACUGUCACUGGAGACAUUGUUUUUAUCUUGCAACAGAAGGAACAUCCCAAGUUUAAGCGAAAGGGAGAUGAUCUCUUUGUAGAACACACCUUGACCUUGACUGAGGCUCUCUGUGGUUUUCAGUUUGUCUUGACUCACCUAGAUAAUAGACAGCUAAUAAUCAAGUCCCAACCUGGAGAAGUUGUCAAGCCUGAUCAAUUUAAGGCCAUAAAUGAUGAAGGCAUGCCAAUGUAUCAAAGGCCAUUCAUGAAAGGUAAACUGUACAUUCACUUCACCGUGGACUUCCCCAACACAUUAACCCCAGAGUUGUGCAAGAAUCUUGAAGCAGUGCUGCCAGCAAGGCCUAAAACGCAAGCGUCCGAUAUGGAAUUGGACGAGUGCGAGGAAACCACCUUGCAUGACGUGAACAUUGAUGAGGAGAUGCGUAGGAAGCCGCAGCAACAGGCCCAAGAGGCAUAUGACGAAGAUGAUGACGAUAUGCAUGGUGGUGCACAGAGAGUGCAAUGUGCACAACAGUAAUUUGAUACUCUCUUUUUCGGUAGAUAGCAGUACUUAAAUUUCGUCAAGUAUAUCAAGCCCCUGUUCUUGGGUUUGAUAAUAGGGCUGAUAAGAAUUGACAGUCAGGAACAACAUUGCCUCUAGUUGGAGAUAUAGAUUAUUACUAUUGACUUUGAAGUUUUAUUUAUGCAUAAAACUGUGAGCAAAAUUUUGUGA